AUGAAACAUUUUUUUAAUAUAAUUCUUUUUUUAAUAUUAUUAAAUAAUAUAAAUUAUAGUAAAAAUGAGGAAGAUAAAUUAACAAGAAAUAAAAAAGCUGUUAUUCAAAGAAGAUUUAAAUGGAAUCUUCCUAUAAAAUAUAAUAUUCAUAGAUUAAUAACAAAUUUCGAAGUAAUUAUUGAAGCAAUACAACGAAUUGAAAAUAAAACAUGUAUAACAUUUGAAAGUAGUUUUUUAUCAGUAAGUAGUUCAGAAGGAUUUAACAUUAUAUUUACAAAUGAUUAUUGUUUUCCUCCAAGUGUACCAAAAUUUAAUGAUAGAUUACCUUUUAAUAAUACAAUUUAUAUUUCACCAAAAUGUCAAAAUAAUGUUGGAAUAAUUGAAAUACUUAUUGGUAGAAUGCUUGGUCUUUUAUAUGAAGUAAAUCGUGAUGAUAGAGAUUUUUUUAUUGAUAUAAAUUAUGAUAAUAUAAAUGAUGAAGGUAAAAAACUUGUUGUAAAAUAUGAUAAAGGUGAUGAUGAAACAUAUUACACAGGAUAUGAUUUUAUGUCUGGAUUACAUUUUUCUUCUAUAGCAUUUAGUAAAAAUAAUAGAUCAGUAUUUAUACCAAAAGAUUUCUAUAAAUAUUAUCAAUAUUCUAUGGGACAAUCUAAAGGUUUGUCUUUUAAUGAUUAUAAAGUUUUAGCAUUUCAUUAUUGUGAUUCAAAACUUAGAUAUUUUUGUAAUAAUUUUGGAUAUAAAAAUCCAAGUAAUAAAGAUUUAGAUAUAAAAGGUCAAUGUAUUUGUCCAACAGGAUAUAGUGGUGUUAAGUGUGAAAAUAAUAUAGAAAAUUAUAGAAAAUGUGGUCAAACAAAUUUAAUACCUAUAGAUUAUUGGCAAUCACUAAGAGCAGAAAGAGAUGUAUUAUGUAGUUAUUCAAUUAAAACUACUAGAAGAUAUAAAAUUGAACUUACUAUAAUCGAAUCAAGAAUGCCACAGUUAGAUAAUUGUUAUGAAGAUGAAAGAGUUGAAGUUAAAUAUAGAGUUGAAAAAGGUACAGGAGGUGUAUGUCUUUGUGGUAACCACAAAAAUAUUACUUUUUUAUCAGAGCGUGAUUCAAUGUUAAUUAUUUAUAAUAGUUUAAAAAAAAAUAGUAAAUUAGUAGCAAUGUAUAGAAGAGUUCUAGCAAGACCACCAAAAGAACCAAAAUAA